AUGCCUUCCGCCACGCGCAGCAGAGAGGCGGUGGUCGUCGAGGUCACUCCCUCUCCCAUCGCCCCUCAGUCUCCUCCGCCCUCUCCCAAGGCCGUCCGCUUUGCAUCCUCCAAGUCCCAUGGCAUCUCCAGGCAACUGACCUCCACGGAAGCCUGGUCGCUCUACUACUUCGAGCAACACGCCCGUCAAUGCCCGAAAUGCUACGAUCCCCUCAACGUCUACCGCACAGGCCACCGCUUAUGCGACUUUGGUCGUGACUUGGCCGAGGAUGUCGCCGCCCACGUCUACCACAAAGCAGACGGCCAGGUCUACAGCACCGAGAGGGACAAUCACAAACUCGUGCGCGUGGAGAUGCCGCGGCAUUACGAGCAGGUGCACAGUCUGCUGAAAGGGAUGGAUCGGCACCUCCGCUCCGCGCCCAGGACCGUCCCAAUCAUCAGCUACGAUGCAUCAUACCCCGUGUCGCCACGCCGAUUACCCGCAGACGAGGCUCGAGCAUAUCGCCACACCGACACUGCACAUCACACCGUCAUAGUGGAACCGAAUACCGCCGCUCAUAGCCACCAUGUUUCCAAAGGCCAGCACAAGUCACGGCGGAAGCCUAACGGAUACCGUACCACUGUCGUCCAGAGUCCAGAGUCGCUCGAAGCCGAGAUGGCGCAGCCCAGAGAGCGACGAGGCUCGCUGUAUUACUCCGACCAACAACGCAAAGGUGUACGAGAUUACCAUGUGGAAGUGCACGAGCCAGAGAAGGAGCGGGGGAAGAAAGAGGAGCGGCGGCGAUCGGGCCACUGGGUUUAG